GCUUCAACGCAAGGACUAGGGGUCUUCUUAAAUCUACGUAUAUUUUUGGAACCGGAAAUACUGCCAUCGCAGUUCGAUCCGUUUAUUAGGAACUGCUUCUGUAUUUUAUUAUUUCAAAAUGUUUUCCAUGUUUAAUUCCAUUCCAACUCAUAUGGACUAUAAAGGUCAGAAACUUGCAGAGCAGAUUUUCCAAGGGGUCAUCCUGGUUUCAGCUAUCAUUGGAUUCAUCUACGGUUUCAUUAUCGAGCAAUUUGGAUGGACUGUUUACAUCAUGUUAGCCGGAUUCGCCGUCUCCUGUUUGCUCACUCUACCUCCAUGGCCCAUGUACAGACGAAACCCUCUCACAUGGCAGCCCACCGUGCCCGAGACACCCGAGACACGUGAAAAGCCCCAAGAGAACUUAAAGAAGAAAAAACACAAGUAGAAGCACCCUCUACUGUUUCGGCUGUGACGCGGCUUUAACGACUCACUUGUUUUGUUUCCAAGAAAAAAAUUCACAUGUGCUUAAUAAAGCGGAUAAUUUGUA